GACCAAACUCCAUCAAACCACAGCUGUUCAAUACUUAUCCCACAAAAAAAGCAGCUGCGAGUUUGAUCAUCUCUCCCGAAUUCAGAAACCAACAUAAAACUUCUUAGGUAUAAACCAACCAAAAGUGUAAUGGGUCUAAUCAGUGAUGAGUACGUAAGGCUAUUAGGAGCAUGGCCUAGCCCUUUUGUGCUGAGGACUCGGAUCGCACUUAACCUAAAGCGUGUACCGUACGAGUAUCUUGAAGAAGAAGAUACUUUAAAUUCUGAGAGCGUGUUAAACUACAACCCCGUCCACAAACAGAUCCCUAUACUCAUCCAUGGCAGUAAACCAAUCCGUGAAUCUCUCAAUAUCGUCAUGUAUGUCGAUGAAACUUGGCUCUCUGGUCCUCCCAUCCUUCCCUCUGACCCAUUUGAUCGUGCCGUAGCUCGCUUUUGGGACGUCUACAUCGACGAACACUGUUUCACAUCAAUCAAUGGAGUGGCGGUAGCAAAAGACGAGGAGGAAAGAAAUGCGGCGAUAGCAAAGCUAGAAAUGUGUUUGGCUCUAUUGGAAGAAACGUUUCAAGAAUGCAGCAAAGGAAGAGGCUUCUUUGGAGGAGACAACAUCGGAUUCAUCGAUAUUGGUUUCGGGUCGAUGUUGGGUCCUCUCAAGGUUCUUGAGAAAUUUACCGGCGUCAAGUUCAUACAUCCAGAAAUGACACCAGGUCUUUUCCAUUGGGCAGACAGAUUCUAUGCCCAUGAAGCAGUCAAGCCUGUCAUCCCCGAUAUUGAAAAGCUUGUCCAGUUCGCUAGGCUUAAGUUCAAUACUUCAAUCUUUAAAUGAAGACUGAAGAUUAUAAAAUUCUAUUUAUUUACGAAAUAUAGACGACGGGCAUAUUAUCUUAUGUUUCUAAUAGUCGAGAUCGAUGAAUAAGAUGUAGACUCGGCUAAUUUAAAGGCACCGACAAAAUAUUCUCUUGUAUUUUUUCUCUUUUUUGAAACUUUAUUUAUCUUUUUUUCUUUUUUUUAUCAAAGUUUUUUUUCUUCUUA